GACACCCUUCUUCCCCAUCUUACACAUCUCCAACAAUAUUAUGUGAAAGUGCAACACAAUUUACUAGAUCUGCUCCCCAAAUUGCUUCAUUCUUUUUGACAAUGGCGGACGAGGUGGUUCUUCUGGAUUUCUGGCCCAGCAUGUUCGCGAUGAGGGUGAGGGUCGCGCUGGCUGAGAAGGAGAUCGAGUACGAGUCUAAGGAGGACGAUUUGUGGAACAAGAGCGAUCUGCUUCUCAAGAUGAACCCGAUUCACAAGAAGAUCCCGGUUCUCAUCCACAACGGCAAACCGGUUUGUGAGUCCCUCAUCAUCAUUCAGUACAUUGACGAGGUCUGGAACGACAGGUCUCCGUUUCUGCCCUCUGAUCCUUACCACAGAGCUCACGCCAGGUUUUGGGCUGAUUUUGUCGAUAAGAAGGUGUAUAGUGUUGCAAGGAAGUUAUGGGCGACAAAAGGAGAAGAGCAGGAGGCAGCGAAGAAGGAUUUCUUGGAAAUAUAUAAGACAUUGGAGGGGGAGCUUGGUGAGAAGCCUUACUUUGGGGGUGAAACAUUUGGGUUGGUUGACAUUGCCCUCGUCACAUUCUAUAGCUGGUUCUAUGUGUAUGAGACAUUUGGGAAAUUCAGCAUGGAGACAGAGUGCCCCAAGAUUAUUGCUUGGGCAAAGAGGUGCAUGAAGAAGGAGAGUGUCGCCAAGUCUCUUCCCGACCAGAAGAAGAUUUAUGAGUCUGUCUUGGAUUUGAGGAAGAUAUUUGGUUUGGAAUAGAGUAAUAUAUGUUAAUGAUCCUCAUGUUUAUCCUUUGAAGUUGUGAGAUUGUGUCUGCUCAAUGUUUGAUGAAACUGAAGUUGUGCCUUUCUAUCU